AUGAUGGUGCCACUCACUGUGAAUGGGUGGCGGUGCUUAUUCUUUCAUCCCUUUUUUAUUAUUAGCUUGUUUUUCUUCAUUUUUUUCAUUUACUUACGAAGAAAGAAAUCAAGCGCUAAACGCUACUGUGAAAUUAGAAGUCUCUGGAAGGACCAACAGCACACACACCGCCCACACACACAUAUUUAUAUGCUCUCACGUGUUGCUGCAGUGAAGGCACCCCGCACACACAACCGUCGCCGCGUGACCGGAUCCAGCGGAAGGAGGAGGGAAGGAAGAGAGAGUGAGCCGCAGAGGCCCAACAUGUCCCGGCGUGUGUUUACUUCCGCGGUGCUGCUCCUCGUCAUGAUGAUGUGCUGCGGCAGUGGUGGAGCUGCGCAAGCUGGUGAACCAUCGUCAGGUCAGGAAUCUUCACCGAGUCCAUCUUUUGCUUGGAGAGAUAAGGAAGAAGGAGAAACAGUGGAUUCGCUCUAUGCUCCCAGCCUUGUUGAGAUGAAUGGUAAACUGUUUGCCGUUGCCGAGGCGCAGUUGAAGAAGAAUGAACAUGAAAAAACCCAUUUCUUUACUGGGAUUGCCUCGGAGCUCCUUGUGUUGAGUGGUGAAAACCCAAAGGAGCUGGCUGCAGCUAAUGUGAAGACAAAGAUACUGGAGAAAUGUCCUUCCGAAGGAGGCAAAUGCCCCUCUCAGUCAGCGAAACAGAACGGUUCCCAAAGCGAAAUGAAAGUAUAUGUGAGCCGGCCAACAACAGUUGUGAAGGAAAAUGACAUUUACAUGCUUGCUGGAACCUACAUCAGGGAAAAUGUCGCUGUUUGUCAGGGUGGGGCUGACGCGGCCUCAUGGGGUCUUUUGCUGGUAAAGGGGAAUGUCAGUGAUGAACAGGACAAAGGAAUUGUUUGGGAAGAUACUGACGGUCUCCCGUGCACUUCUAUUGUGGGACGUCACGAAUCCUUGGCAGGUGAGUUUGGAAGCGGUGGAUCGGGUGUUAAGAUGGAUGACGGUACGCUUGUGUUCCCGUUGGAAGCCGUGAAGAAGGAUGGCACUGAAAGUGAAGCAAAGGAAGAAAAGAAUAAGAACGUUUCGCUGAUAUUGUACUCCUCGGAUACUGAGAAUUGGACGCUGUCGAAGGGGAUGUCUGCCUAUGGCUGCAGUGAUCCCUCCGUCGUGGAGUGGGAGAAGGGAAAACUCAUGAUGAUGACUGCGUGUGAUGAUGGCCGCCGCAGGGUGUACGAGUCCGGUGACAAGGGGGAUUCGUGGACGGAGGCACUCGGGACACUCUCGCGCGUGUGGGGCAACAACCAAAAGCGACAUGAGAAGGGCAUUAGUAGCGGGUUUAUCACAGCGAAUAUUGCUAAGAGAAACGUGAUGCUCGUUACUGUGCCGGUGUAUUCCAAGAAUGGAGAAAAAGGCGUACUUCAUCUUUGGCUGACGGACAACACGCACAUUGUUGAUAUUGGGCCGAUAUCCGGCAACGACGACGCUGCCGCCAGCUCCCUGUUGUACAGAAGUGGAGAUAAUAAGAAGGAGGAGUUGAUUGCACUGUACGAGAAGAAGAAAGGCGGUGGGGAAUCAUCACUCGGUAUGCUCUCAGUGCGUCUGACUGCGCAGCUGCAGAGGGUGAGGGAAGUGCUGGCGACGUGGAAGGAAGUGGACAAACGUGUCUCCAAGCUGUGCCCCUCUAAAAGUCUUGCGAAGAAUCCCUCAACUGGCAAUGGCUGCAGCACUGAUAAGAUCACGGAUGGGCUGGUUGGCUUUUUGUCCGGCAAAUUCUCUGGUAACACAUGGAGGGACGAGUACCUCGGGGUGGACGCCACAGUAAAGAAAGGAACGAAUGGGCUGGCAACAGGGUAUGCGGAUGGAGUGACGUUCCGGGGACCGUGGGCGGAGUGGCCCGUUGGCCGUCAGGGGCAGAAUCAGCCGUACCACUUUGCGAACUACAACUUCACUCUGGUGGCGACGGUGUCCAUCCACGGUGAGCCGAAGAGUGGCAGCGUCCCAUUGAUGGGUGUGCGUGCGGGCACUGACGGAGGAACAAAACUUAUGGAGUUGUCGUACGGCAGCGAAAAGAAGUGGCGGGCGCUGUGCUGUGACGGAACAACCGCGGAGCACAGCAGCACUUGGGAGCGAGAUAAAACGUACCAAGUGGCCAUUGUGCUACAGAACGGAAAAAAGGGCUCUGUGUACGUCGAUGGUCAGCGUGUGUGUGAGAGUGUGCAAAGUAAAUUGGAAACUACAGAAUCGAAAGGGAUCUCACACUUCUACAUUGGAGGAGAUGGAGGCAAUGCAGAGAACACUGCGGGUGACGAAGGUGUGUCUGUGACUGUGAGGAACGUCCUAUUGUACAACCGCCCGUUGACAUUUUCAGGUGGGAGUGCCGAUUUGGAAGAAGAUAUUGCGUCACCUUCUGAGGCUCCAGUGGAACAAGCGGCCUUGCAGCAGUCUCGAAAGAAAAGUGAAGAACAGCAAGUGCCGGCAGCUUUGAGCUCCCAUGCCGUUGGAGAAAUAACAGGCGACGGCGGCAUUGUGCGUGGGAGCGGACUGCUGUCAUUGCUUCUUUUGGGAUUGUGGGGGUUUGCGGCUCUGUGA